AUGGCCAUCAUGAAUCGGCUUGUGCAGGUCCUCUGCUUUUCAAUGAUUGCGUCGUCAGCUGUCGCAGCACCAGCUCCCGAAAGGCCGAAAGUCGACCAGGACACAAUUUCUCGAAUUGAGUACCGCGAAGUGAUCCAGAAUAUCGACAAGGAUUCAAUUCAAAAUUUUGUCGAUAAGAUCCGCGUUGCCCGCGCCAGUGUUCUUGAGGAUCAGAAGGUCGCCUUGCCCAGUCGGCCUUUGUUCGCAAAGAGACAGGAUAGUGGAAGCAAUUCGCCAGCUCCCACGGGCACAGUCACCGACACCCCGACCUCGACUGACUCCGAUACUUCGGAUCCUCCUACUUCGACUAGCGACACCGAGCCCGAGCCCGAGCCUACAACAACGACUACGACAUCAUCGGAAACUACAACCACAGAUCCAGAGCCCACUACUACUACAACCACAAGCACAACGUCCCAACCAGAGCCGGAGCCAACGCCGACCUCUGAUACCACACAACCCCCUUCCAGCACCACAACCACAACCUCUGACCCGCCAACGUCUACUGAUUCGGAGCCCACCAGUUCUUCUCCGGAGCCAACCUCGUCGACGACUAGAGCCACUUCGACGUCUUCCACUUCUACAUCGGAGGAGACCACUACAGAAGAAUCUACCACCGAUUCUUCCACAACGACCGAGUUCACCUCGACAUUCCUCAGUACAUCGACCCGCCCAGACGGUGUGCUAGUCACCGUCACGGCUACCGCCGUCGUCCAUCCGACCCAGUCUUCUGAUGGUGAAGCAACCACCACAGGACCAGCCCCGGGUCUCCAGACCCACGACAACGGUGCCUCGUCCAACAUGGCCAGUGGUCUACUCGCAAUGAUGGGAGGCGCCGCUAUCGCCGUGGCCAUCAUCUAA